GCGAACAAGAUGCGUCGAAUGAUUGCUGCAAUUCUUCUGUUAUGUUACUUGAGCUUCUCACCGACAUGUCGAGCCUUCGACGUACAGGAUUGUGGCUCGAAAAUUGGAAAAUUUACAUCUGUAACUCUGGGUUGUGAUAUGAAAAAAAGUAUAUGUGACUUAAUACCAAAUACAAAUGCAUCAAUUGAAAUAGAUUUUACAGUUGAUAAAGACGUUUCAGCAGUUACUGCAGUAGUACAUGGCAUUAUAAUGGAUGUUUCCAUACCUUUCCCACUAGCAAAUGCAAAUGCUUGUGCAACUCCGACAUCUGAUGUUUCAUGUCCUUUAGAAAAAGGUGGCUCAUAUCACUAUAAAAAUGUAUUACCAGUGCACAAGAGUUAUCCUAAGUUAGCUGUUACUGUAAAAUGGCAACUUAAGGAUGAGAACAAUGAAAACAUUGUUUGUAUACUGGUUCCAGCAAGAAUAAAAUAGGUAGUAUUAAUUGAUCUCUUGCUAUUCUAUUUUUG